UUGGAGUUUAAUACGUGCUGGGCUGUAAGUAAUAUGGAUUCUGAGAUAGAAAGAGAACAGUUACUUGGCCAUCAGACGAAACCAGCUGUUAAAUGUGAUAUAGUGAAUGAAUGUCAAAUGUUCUUAAAGGCGGAGGAGGGUGGCGGUGAUGCUCACGUGAAUAUGAAAGAAAAUGUAGAAGCAGGACAAAGUGAUAGAUCCAAUUUCUUCAAUUCAUCCCCGUAUCCGACUAAAGAGGUUUUAUCUGAUGAUACAGUAAAUAAAGAUGGAAAUAAUUCACAAGAUAGUGAAAAGAAGUCGGCAAAUGAUAGUACAAUAGAUAUUGAACCAGAUAAUGGGUUGCCGAAUACAGUGACUGUAUUGGAUGCUCCCGAUGGAGGGAAGAUAUAUCUCGUUGGAACUGCUCAUUUCAGUUUAGAAUCUCAAGAAGAUGUAUCCAAGGUGAUACAAAAAGUAUGUCCUCAUAUUGUAAUGGUAGAGUUAUGUGAACAGAGAACCAAUAUCUUACUGCUUGAUGAAGAAGUUAUAUUAAGGGAAGCUAAGAAUAUCAAUAUAGCUAAAAUAAGGACAACAAUGGCUGAGAAUGGUGUAUUUAAUGGCCUUAUGUACAUAUUGUUGUUAAAUAUGUCAGCGCAUAUCACUCGUGAGCUUGGUAUGGCCCCUGGAGGUGAAUUCAGGCGAGCUAUGGCUGAGGCCAAAAAGAUACCUAACUGUGUUAUCCAACUGGGUGAUAGAGCUAUUGAUAUAACACUACACAGAGCUAUAUCUUCACUCACCUGGGGUCAAACAAUACGGUUCAUAUGGCACUUACUCACAUCCAACCAAACUAUCAGUUUAGAGGAAGUUGAGAGAUGUAAACAAAAGAAGUUACUAGAAGACAUGUUGGAAGAAAUGGCUGAAGAGUUCCCGCCAUUGAAGCGUGUGUUUGUCGUUGAGAGAGACAUGUAUCUGAGUCAUUCACUACAAGUUGCUGCUUUACAACCACGUCGGGAGCCGUGUAGAAUCGUCGGUGUAGUCGGUAUAGGUCACGUGGCUGGUAUUGUUGAACACUGGGGCAAAAUUAGUCCACAAGAUAUAGCGCCGCUGUUGAAAGUUCCCCCGCCGUCCGUAUCGACUCGUGUUCUUCGCGUGUGUGUCCGCGCCGCUUGUGCGGGCGCCCUAGUGUACGCUGUAUACAAGAUGGUGCCUAGAAGAUGGCUUCCAUGA